AUGGAGGCGGAAGAGGAGCGAGAGCAGAUGGAUGUGGAGGAGGAGGAGGAGGGAUCCGAGGUCUCUUCUGGUGAAGAAGACGAAGCGGGCGAAGAGGAGACUGCCAAGAAGGGGCCGCUGCAGAAGGUGGAGUUCAGCGCCGAGGAGGAGCGGCUGCGAUUUUUGCUGGAGCUCGAGUUCGUGCAGACGCUCGCCAACCCCAACUACCUCCACUGGCUGGCCACGAAUCGAUACUUCCAGGACAAGGCGUUCCUGAACUACCUCAAGUACCUCAACUACUGGCGACAGCCCCAGUACCCGUACUGCCUCCACUUCCUGGAGCUGGUGCAGCACGAGCAGUUCCAGACGGAGCUCCUCAAUCCCAAGUUCGCCGAAUACAUCCACUCCAACACCUUCUACCACUGGCGGGACUACAAGAAGAACCGAUAUCGGGACGCAUACCUGGCCAAGCAGCAGAAGGCCGGCCAGGCAGCCUCGGCCGCUGCACCCGCCACCGAGUCCGCCGCCCCACAGUAA